AACAAGUUAAAGAAAAAGUUCCAUUCUUUCUCAAUUCAGUAGGCUGCUGAGAUUCUCUACUCCACAUUUUCCGGUUUCCUCACCAGUGCCGUUUCUCCACCUCUUCAGCUACAAAAUCAACAUUUCACAUCCCACACUCACGGGAUUCAACGAUCAAGAUGGCUUUAUCCACUAAUCGGACGGUAAAUCAACUUCUAAAGCCUUUGACAGCCGCCAUCUCCGCCACGCGCCGCCUAUCGUCGGAAUCCACUGCCACCAUCACUGUGGAAACCAGCCUCCCGUUCACUGCCCACAAAAUCGAUCCUCCGUCACGCGCCGUUGAAACCACCCCUAAUGAACUCAUGAACUUUUUCAAAGACAUGGUGGAGAUGAGGCGUAUGGAGAUUGCCGCAGAUUCGCUGUACAAAGCCAAACUCAUCCGCGGAUUCUGCCAUCUCUACGACGGACAAGAAGCGGUUGCAAUAGGCAUGGAAGCUGCAAUUACAAAAAAGGAUUGUAUCAUUACGGCUUAUAGAGAUCACUGUAUAUUCCUUGCCCGUGGUGGAGGGUUAUAUGAGUCAUUUGCGGAGCUAAUGGGGAGAAAAGAUGGUUGUUCCAAAGGGAAAGGAGGUUCGAUGCAUUUCUACAAGAAGGAGAGUGGAUUUUAUGGAGGUCAUGGAAUUGUAGGUGCUCAAGUUCCUCUAGGUAUUGGACUUGCUUUUGCGCAGAAAUAUUCCAAUGAGGACCAUGUUACUUUUGCUAUGUAUGGUGAUGGUGCUGCUAAUCAAGGACAGUUGUUUGAGGCUUUGAAUAUGGCAGCUCUAUGGGAUUUGCCUGCUGUUCUAGUCUGCGAAAAUAAUCACUAUGGAAUGGGGACUGCAGAAUGGAGGGCUGCAAAGAGUCCAUCCUAUUACAAAAGAGGGGAUUAUGUUCCUGGUUUAAAGGUGGAUGGUAUGGAUGCCCUUGCUGUAAAACAAGCAUGCAAAUUUGCCAAGGAACACGCCCUUAAGAAUGGACCAAUUAUUGCUGCAGCUACAACAGUGACUCAAAACUCAGUCCCAAAAAUAAAACAGAGACAAGAAAAACAGAGAGAGGCGCAGAACACUGUGCCUGAGUCGAAGAAAGAAACUGAAGAAAAAAACGAGAAGAAGAAAGAAGAAGAAGAAAGAAGCAGAGAAGAAGAAAAAUAAAGAACUGAAGAGAAGAACAUACCUGUUGAGACUUGAGAAAUUGCUGAAGAAGAAAGACAACUUGAGCAAGAGGAGAGGAACUGAUGCGCGACUUGUGCGAAGAAGAUGAAGGAAACUGAUGUGCGACUUGUGCAGCAAAAAAACCCUAAAAUUUUCUUUUAUUUAAUAAAGCAGUUCAUUUUUUAAAACAAAUUCAAAAGGCGCGCCUUUCUCGCCAUCGCCUCGCCAUGUCGCCUCUCGUCAUUCAUCGACUAUUGGAUCUCGCCUCGCCUAGAAGAGAAAAGGCGACAGGGCAUCGCCUCGCCUCGCCAUCUCGCCGCUGGCAAGAGGCGCUCGCCUUUUAGAACCCUGGUGAGAUGGAAUAAGGGGAGUUAAAUUUUAUCAUUUUAAUUAUUUUGCACUUCUUUUGGUCUUUUCGUUUUCUUUCUAAUCACGUGUUGUUCUCUUCCAUGUUCAUAUCCACAUCAAAAAAUGCCUCUGGCCACCUGAAAAUCAACAUCCUUAACAGGCCAACGACCCAUCUCCACAUCCGCACCUUGAACCACUAUUAAACACCAGUUUCUUCCACUUUCAUCCCUCCACUGGUCACAUUUAUCAAGAUGACGA